AUUCAAUCUCUCUUUUUCUCUCUUUGCCUUGGCAAUCGUUGAGCUAAUCAGCUCCCCUCUUUCCUUCUCUCUCUCCUCGGCGCCUUCUAUCUCUCAUGGCUUCCCAGGCGAGUCUCCUCCUUCAAAAGCAGCUCAAAGAUCUUUGCAAGAACCCGGUCGACGGGUUCUCUGCGGGUCUGGUCGAUGAGACCAAUAUCUUUGAAUGGAGCGUAACGAUUAUUGGACCGCCAGAUACUCUUUAUGAGGGGGGUUUUUUCAAUGCCAUUAUGAGCUUUCCAUCCAACUACCCAAACAGCCCUCCGACAGUGAAGUUUACCUCGGAUAUAUGGCAUCCUAACGUUUAUCCCGAUGGCCGUGUUUGUAUAUCAAUUCUUCAUCCUCCUGGGGACGACCCAAAUGGUUAUGAGCUUGCAAGUGAGCGCUGGACACCGGUCCAUACGGUUGAAAGUAUAGUUUUGAGUAUAAUAUCAAUGCUUUCCGGUCCUAAUGACGAAUCCCCUGCAAACGUUGAAGCUGCAAAAAGCUGUUGAACCAAAUGAAGAAAAUGCUAAAGCUUGUCAUACAUUAGGAAGGGCGGAUUAAUGUAGUUGGUUACAAGCAUCUACGGAGGGGACUAACUUCUCAUGAGUUGAUUUUACCCAACAUUUGAUAAAUGUCAUUUAGUGAAUGAAGAAGGAAAUAAAUGGGUUGAUCUCAUGAUUUUACCCUUUCAGAUGGUGUGCUUCUGUAGGUGGUAGAACUCAUCAAAGAGUGCUGUGCUCAUUUAGAGGAUCUUGGAAAUAGAUUUGACAUUUUCUUCAAUGACUUUGGUGGGUAAAAUGUUGUAUCUGACUGGGAUCUGAGUGAGUUGAGUUUGUGCGAGGCAAGAGAGUAUAUAUACAAAGGAUGUACGGAAAAAGUACCUGCUUAUGAUAGAUAAUAUUUAGUGAAUGAAGGAGAAGGAAAGCCUCGACUGAUUUCUUUAGUCAUCUUGAUGAUGUAAGAGAACUUUUAAAAAUUUUAGAGAAAAGCAAGUCCAUGUAAUCAGAUGGUAGACCUAUUAAAGAAUGUUGUACAAUUGCUCAAGAUCCAGAAAUGGUUUGCCCAAGUCGUGGGUUAUGUUAA